AAAACCAAGUCCCGCAAAUGGGAGACCAACGUCAUCGCAAUGUCGUUUUCGUGCUCGUCUGCGCCGUGGUCGCGUUCGCAUACAGCCAUCCGUUAGACGUCGAACAGCCGCAGGACGACGAUUACGUUACCACAUCUUACACGCAUUAUGAAGAUCUCCGACGGUUGUUCCACUCCUUGGAGCAGAAAUAUCCACACUUGGCCCGGAUGUUCUCCAUUGGCAAAUCGGUUGAGGGCCGCGAUCUCCUGGUGCUCGAGAUCUCCGAAAAUGUCGCUCAGCGUAGUCCUGGUGAGCCCAUGGUUAAGUAUGUCGCCAACAUGCACGGUGACGAGCCUGUGGGCAGAGAACUGUUGAUCAUCCUUGGUCAGCAUCUUCUGAAUCAAUAUGGCAGGGACGAUCGCAUCACCAGGCUAGUGAAUCAGACCGACAUCUACUUAAUGCCGUCCAUGAAUCCGGAUGGUUUCGAAAAAUCACUGGAGGGAAAAUGUGAAUCCAAGGAUGAUUUCUCAGGCAGGGAAAAUGCCAAUCAUGUUGACUUAAACCGGGACUUCCCCGAUCAGUUUGACAGAAGACUCAGUCAGCUAAGAAAGGGCAAUGCAAUACUGAAUGGUCGUCAGAAUGAAACAAUUGCUAUGAUGACUUGGAUUUCUAGUCAACCCUUUGUGCUUUCUGGAAAUCUUCAUGGUGGUGCUGUAGUAGCUAGUUACCCAUAUGAUUCUGGUAUCCCAAGAACAUGUUGCAUAGAGAGUAAAAGCCCAGAUGAUAAUUUAUUCAAAUAUCUUGCCCACGUCUACGCAGACAAUCAUCCAGAGAUGCGUAGAGGUAAUGCUUGUCCGCCAGAAGUAUUUCCAGGUGGUGUUACAAAUGGUGCAUAUUGGUACGAAGUGGUUGGUGGAAUGCAGGACUUCAAUUAUGCUCGUUCCAAUGCGUUUGAAAUAACAUUUGAACUGAGCUGUUGCAAAUAUCCACCAGGCUCAACGAUACCGGAUCAAUGGCGAUUGAACAAAGAAUCUCUGAUUAAAUAUCUGGAGCAGGCACACAUUGGAAUUAAAGGUUUUGUACGUGAUAAAGAUGGUAAUCCAAUCCAAAGCGCUAAUAUUGUUGUGGAAGGUAUAAAUCAUAAUAUAACAAGCACAGCUGACGGUGAAUACUGGCGCUUACUGCUUCCAGGAACUUAUUCAGUUUACGCUACUGCAUGGGGAUAUGAGCCCAGUGAGCCGGUAAACGUAACUGUAUUCGAAGGCAGGCCAACGAUUCUUAAUUUUUCAUUAAACGGCAGAGAAGUACCUUACGAUCAAGGAGAAGAUGGAGUCAACAUUGAAGAAGUAAGACCCGUCGACAAGUACGGCUUUUAUCACACAGUGGCAUUCGAGCAUCACAACUACGUCGCGAUGGAGAGAUACUUGAAGGAGCUAAACGCGGAUUAUCCCAACAUUACGAGGCUCUACAGCAUAGGGUCCUCCGUGCAAGGCCGCGAGCUGUACGUGAUGGAGGUCACGAAGGAUCCCGGCAGGCACAGCUCCGCAAAGCCGGAGGUGAAAUACGUCGGAAACAUGCACGGGAACGAGGUGGUCGGCCGGGAAAUGCUGCUGCUGCUGCUAAGAUAUCUAUGCGAGAAUUACGGCGCGGACAAGAGGGUCACGCGGAUAGUGGAGACUGUCAGACUCCACGUGAUGCCGAGCAUGAACCCCGACGGAUACGAGAUAUCCAAGGAAGGCGACGUCUACGGGCUGCACGGCAGGGCGAACGCGGAUGACGUGGACCUGAACAGAAAUUUUCCCGACCAUUACGAGAUCAACGACUUCAAUCGGCGCCAGCAACCCGAGACCAAGGCGGUGAUGAAGUGGAUAUCGAGAAUCCCGUUCGUACUCUCCGCCAAUCUCCACGGAGGAGCGUUAGUCGCGAAUUAUCCUUACGACAACGGACCGCCGGGCCUUCCGUCCAACGUCGUCCGUUCGAAUCUCAGCCCGGACAACGACAUCUUCAGGAUGCUGGCGUUGACGUACUCCAACGCUCAUCCCCGCAUGCACCUCGCGAAACCGUGUCCGCCGAUCACGCCCAACAGCGCGAAAACGCUCCUCCAGGAGCGCUUCCCCGACGGGAUAACGAACGGCGCCGCCUGGUACCCCGUGUCGGGCGGCAUGCAGGAUUAUAAUUACUUGCACAGCAACGAUUUCGAGAUCACUUUGGAAAUCGGGUGCACAAAGUACCCGAACGCCAGCGAUCUGCCGAAUUAUUGGCUGGAGAACAGAGAGCCCCUUCUUCGUUUCGUCGAGAUGUCUCGCAAAGGUAUACACGGCACGGUGAGCUCGUCCAUCGGCACUCCCGUAUCCCACGCAAAGAUUUCGGUGGAAGGUAGAAAGCACGAUAUUUACACCGCCGAAGGCGGCGAUUAUUGGCGACUGCUGUUACCGGGGAAAUACAACGUCACCGUCACCGCGAUGGGAUACGAAACGCUCACGCAGAAUAUCGCAGUAUCGCCGUACGGCGAAGACAUCGGCGAUGGAGAAGUAACUCUGGACUUCACGUUAAUGCGCGACGAUCCUUUGCACUGGUCAUCGGCGUACGACUUUGGAUUGAGGGCAAAUUUGCAGAAUGGUUAUUUAAAAAAUAGCGACUUGAGUGCAAGAUUCAAUCAAUUGGAAAAGCAUCAGCCUGACAUUGCGGAAUUUCUACCUAACGAUUCAGUAAUUAACUCGGCGCUUCAUUCACUUAAGAUUACGCAUAAUAUGGGAUCACCCGACGAAAAUAAAUUCCGCAUCGCAUUGGUGGGAGGGUUGUUUGCCUCCCAGCCGGUGGGAAGAGAGAUUCUACUACGUUUGGCGACGCAUAUUUUGAUGGGAAGUCAAAUUGGAGACCCACCUAUCCAAAGGAUGCUGGAUAACGCGAUACUGCAUAUUAUUCCUGCCGUCGAUCCGGGAUUCGAUAACAUAAAGGAGAAUAAAGAUUGCAAUCCUGUAAUGAAAAACGAAGUAGGAGAAAUGUUACUGAACAACAAUACGUCUAGUGGUGAUAUGUUUAAGGCGAUGUUACAGACUGAGAAUUACGAUGCCGUUGUGAUAUUGGAAAGUGGAGCCUCGAAAAUCAGUUAUUCAAAUUCAGACAAUCUGAACACGUUUAAAACGCUUGCCGAGAAUUACGAGCAUUUGAGGCACAAGGAAAUUUGCAGUUUGGACAACAAUGCACAACGCAUAACGGAUUUCAUAGAACGCGUAUACGACACGCCAGCGAUGAGCAUAAGUCUGUCGUGCUGCAAGUAUCCGCCCGCGGACUCGAUUCCUAUCAUCUGGCGCGAAAAUUUGCAACCGCUCAUGGACCUCGUGCAGAGUCUGGCGAGUGGAAUCCGCGCGACGGUGGCGGAUAAGCACGGUAGCCCGCUGCGGAAGGCCACUGUGGAAAUCGAGGAGAAAAUCUACGGCGUGUCGGAGAACAUGGCUUACUUCAAGAUAACACUUGCGCCCGGCGAAUACACGCUAACGGUUUCCUGCGAAGGAUACGACACGCAAGUCUUAAGAGUUCCCGUGCAACGGCAAAGUGUGACGAAUCUCGAUAUUAAGAUGGCGCAGACGGACGAUCGCCGCAAGGGACCGCGCGAAAAGUUGAGCUUUGUGAAUCGAGCGUUGCUCGAUCUGAACGCCAAGUAUCCGCGACAAACGACUCUGCAUACCAUUAGCAAAACUGCGAAAGGCAGCGAGAUCAGAUGUCUGGAGAUCGGUUUCAACGACGACGAAAGCACGGGACGACCCGCCAUCGUGUUCUCGGCCGGCAUGUUGCGGUCGGAACCGGUGACGUCCGGUGUGCUCUUGCAUCUCGCCUCCCAUCUCUUGGACAAUUACAAGCGAAAUGCCACGAUCGCGCGUUACUUGAACGAUUUCUCUAUAUACAUAGCGCCGAACUUCUCGCCGGACUCCAACGAGACUCUCACCUGCUCGCCGCAGACGGACGGCUUGCAGUUUCCCAUUCACGGUAAGCUCGUCGACGAGGCAGCCGCGAUCGCGAAUUGGUUUAAGGACCUCAACGCCGUGUUGGCCGUGAAUCUGAAUAGCGGAUCGCGGCACAUCGAGAUCCCGUACGGCGGCGAUUACGGGGAGACGCGCGAGCGGAAGUAUGAGAGCGCCGACGAAAAUUUGUUGCGGCACUUGGCGUCGGCGUACGCUGACGCGAGAGCGGAUAGGCUAUCCGCGGAUGCGAAAUGCGAAAACACGAACAUCGGCGACAACAGCGUGAUACACGCGGCGAUGGGAAUUGGCGGCAGAAGAGGCCACCCUUUGCUCGAUUACAUCUACCUCAACACGAGCACCUUGAUGCUGGACGUGUACGUCGCCUGCUGCACCACCGAUCACUCAGACGCCGUGUGGCAGGAGAACAAAGCCGGCCUGCUAGCCUGCAUACAGGAGAUGAACAACGAUGUGAGGGGAUACGUCAUCAACGAAGACGAUGAACCGAUCGAGGACGCUGUUUUGUCCUACGACAAAUCGGCGCACAUUGUUAAAAACAACAAGUCGGGCUUCUAUUCAAUUCUGUUGCUGCCCGGCAAUCACAAUGUAACGGCCACAGCGCCCGGAUACCACGACGAGACCAAACUCGUCCCCGCGCAUUCGUUCAAGGGGCGAAAAUUCUCACCUCUGAUAUUCAAGCUUACCCGCGAUGAUAAUUUCAUGGGAAUGCCGAGACUGGUAUUCAUCAUGAUGACGGGUACAAUAUGUUUCGGCAUUGUAUUGUGCUGCGUGUACAUUUGCGCGAAGCGACAAUAUUCGGAAAAUUCGGAGAGAAGCAGAAAAGAAUACGCUUUUAGCCCUUUGAAAGACGGCGGUAGUUUCUUCGACGACGAUGAGAAGGAGAUUGAGAUAUUUCGAAGACCAGUUGAUGGAUAUCCUAUAAACGAUAAUGAAGUUGCCAGGCCGUAUUUCGACGACGACAAUAGUUCCGACGGUAGCGAUUUGGAGUUUAUUCGACCUGAGCAGGAGUGGAGUGAGACAAUGCCAAGAUAUACGUAAGGACAGGUCGUUUUUAUGCAAUAAACGAUUUGUUGCAACGCACAAUAAAUUUAUUGGAUUCGAAGUAAGCAUGACCAACUGUUGUGAAAAAUAACUAAUUUAGGAACAAUAGUUAAUUAAGAUAAAGUUAGUUUACGUAAUGUUAAAAUUUACGAAAGUGAGAAUCCAGGGUCCAAAGAACGAAUUAUGUAUUUACAUCACACGUGACUGUAUUGCAUUUUUAAGAGAAAAAUGAGUACGUCGAUACACAUUUUGAGAUUUUAAUUAUUUAAUAGAUAUAUUGUGUAAAACUUUGAGACAGAAAAUAAUAUACACAAUUUUGUAAGAUUAUAUAUAAAACUGCAUAGGUAUGUACACUACAUAGAUAUCGAACAUUUUUAUCGAGAUUAAAAAAGUGUUUCUUUAAUUUUUGAAACUUUUUAACUUUUAUGAAAGAAGAAUUAGUAUACUUCAUUAUUAGGAGGCUAUACAUCACGUUGGAGAACAAACAUGAAUGUCAAAAUGAUAGACUGUGAAAGGCAUUCAGCAUUUUGUUCUCAUUUAAUAUACUUAUAUGUACUUAUGUGUGAUGAAUUUUGUUUUAUUUAUAUUAUAAAUUGCACAACAGUUUUAGUUUAAUUAUACAAUUGGAUGCUGAAAUCUAAGAUGCAUCUUUUUAUCUAUAUUUUCUUAAAAUAAUAUCUUCCUAAAAGAAAUAUAGCUUUAAAAAUGAUUUAAGAACCUAUAAAUAUGAUUUCCUAUUUAAAUUUUAGUGCACUUGUAUUGUGUUAUAAUUAUACUUUGUAUAAAGGUACUUCCGUUUGCAAACUGUUCCAAUGUAUCAAAAAUUAACAUUUGAUAACUAAUUAGUUAAUAUAUACAAGGUUUAAAAAAUUAGAACAGGACUUUAGCAACAAUAUAUAAAUGUACUAUUUAUAAAUCCGUUAUGCGUAAGUUUCUUUAUAAAUUUUUAAUUGAGAAAAUUGCUCAAUCUUCUUCUAUAGUGCAUACUAUAAUUUUACAGAUUGUUAAACAAUUUUUUUUAACGACAAUAUGUAAUGCAAAAUGUUACUAUAGUCUAUGAUGAACUUUUAUAUCAUAUGAAAUAGGAAUUGUUCUACAUAUCAUUGUACAUAUGAUUCUGUAAAUUGAGAUCUGUAUACAACGAGUUAUAAAUUCUGUCUACAGAAUAAUCACGAAUGUGUAAAAAUAUAAAAAAGUUACCUUCAAA